CCCUACCCUCCCCGCCUCCCCGCCUCCCCGCCUCUUCCCCGCCUCCUCCCCGCCACGACCAACACGACCAACACGACCAACCACGACCCAACACGACCAACACGACGACUAGCACGACCAACCACGACCCACGACCCACGACUAGUACGACCCACGACCACAAACACCCACAAGCAAGAUGAAAGUCCGCAUCACCUCAUACACCGCGACUGCCGUGUGGCGCUGGGACGUCCCGGAGGACGACGUGUGCGGCAUCUGCCGCGUGCAGUUUGACGGUACCUGUCCGAACUGUCGCUUCCCCGGCGAUGAAUGUCCGUUGCUCAAUGGCAAGUGUGGUCACUCGUUUCACUUGCAUUGUGUCAACGACUGGAUUCAGACUGAGGCCUCUAGGGGAUUGUGCCCCAUGUGCCGCCAGAAGUUCGAGUUCGAGGCGCAGUAAAUGGGGAGAUUGGAUUGCAAACGGAUGGGCGGGAUUUGGGAUGAUUUGAGGGUGGCUCAAGGAAUCACGAUGACUGAAGAAUACCAAUUUGCCUUUUACGCUCAGUGAUGAUUAUGGUGACUGUGAAUUGUAAUGUUACGUUAUGUGCUACUAAUGAGGGGACCGUAUGAAUUGUAAUGUAAUGCAUAC